AUGAGUGACUCCAGAGACAGAGCCCGCGAGGAGAGACCUCCUCCUCAGCAGAACGUCAAGCCCAAGUUCAGCGGGCGCCAGGAGCCGCGCUCUACGGACAAACCCAAGCCUCGCCGCUCGCGCAGCAUCGACUCUGUGCGCGACCGCGGCCGCAGACGAGAGCGCCACGCGCCGGGAGAACACAGACGUGGCCGCAGUGAAGAGGCGCGUGGACGCAAACACGGCGAGAAACCAAAGAAGUACGUCCCUGAGGACAGCGUGGACGACACGGAGUGCGCCAUCUGCUUCUGCUCCUACGACAACAACUUCAAGACGCCCAAGCUGCUGAGCUGCGGCCACACCUUCUGCCUGGAGUGCCUGGCGCGCAUCAACGUCCUGUCGGCGGAGCUGAAGAGCCUGCCGUGCCCCGUGUGCCGCGAGGUCACGCAGAUCCCGCACGGACAGGACCUGCCGCGGCUCGGCACCAACCAGGACGUGGUGCGCAGGCUGCCGCCGCAGAUGCAGCGGGUGCUGUCCAUACGGUUCAAGCGCAGCAAGGGGAAGCUAAUGCUAAAGACGCAGACGCCGAUGGGCUCGGUCAAAGCUGCGUCACCGGUGAAAGAAAAGCCGCAGGUGGACGUGGAGGCGGCGCGCACCGUUGUGGACGUGGGGCGGCCUCCCAGCCGGGUGCACGGGCGGCUGCGGAGGCGGUUUCGCUCGGAUCGCUGCUACUGCGCAGUGUUAGCAUCUGUGCUCACCGUCACCGUGGUUCUGAUGCUCAUUGGGAUCCUGGCGUUCAUCAUCGUCCCCAGUGUGUCCAGGCACCGAAGGCCCGGCGGUCACCAAGGCAACUUCACCGGCGCCGGGGACUCGCCUUGA